GUCGACAAGCAGGAGCAGACGUGGCACGAGUUCACGGACAUAGGCUGGGCGCCCGUGAGGAUUGUCAUGAAGACCUUCCAGUCGGACCACAGGCUGCUGGCGGCCCCGCCCCCAGGCCCCACGCAGCCGCCGGCGGCCGCCCAGCACGCGCUGAU